CGAAAUUGCUUAAGAAGGAAACGUUAUCCAUCCGCGAGCUCUUCAAAAAUGGAGGCGAGAGGGAACCAGAGGGGAGGAGUGAGCUGAAAGCGGCCGUUGGAGGGAAUCUCCGGCUCCGGCUUCGGCUCCGGCUCCGACUCCGAUGAUGGAGCUCUUCGCUUCUCGCAUGUCCUGCUCUCUUCCCAAACCUCAAUUCCCGCGCUUUCAGAGGCCGCACGCGCCAACCUCGCACAGACCCUUACUCCUCACCGGUGGCGCUACCGCUUCGUUCCGGGCCCGCGUCGCUACUCCCGGAGCAGAGUGGACACGGAGCCGCCUCGCCUCCUCGGAGACUCACGAGCAGCUGUGCGUUAGAGAGGAGGUCGAGUCUACCUCUUAUGAUUCGUCGGACGACGAGUCGUCUUACCUGUCCCUGAGCGAGAAGCCGGACCGGAACACGGCUCUGCUCGAUGACUACGAGAUGGAGGAGCUCGAGUUCGCUCCUGACACCAACCAUAAAAGCGGAUAUGUGGCUGUACUUGGGAAGCCAAAUGUUGGGAAGAGUACCCUAGCAAAUCAAAUGAUUGGGCAGAAGUUGUCUAUCGUGACGGAUAAACCGCAAACCACAAGGCACCGAAUUCUUGGUAUAUGCUCUGGCCCAGAUUACCAGAUGAUACUGUAUGAUACACCUGGUGUUAUUGAGAAGAAGAUGCAUAAAUUGGACUCUAUGAUGAUGACGAAUGUGCGAAGUGCUGCACUUAAUGCAGACUGCGUACUAGUCCUAGUUGAUGCAUGUAAACUGCCUGAGAAAAUUGAUGAAGUAUUGGAGGAAGGUGUCAGGGACUUAAAAUAUAAGGUACCGACGUUGCUGGUGAUGAAUAAGAAAGACAUGAUCAAACCUGGGGAAAUAGCCAAGAAACUCGAGUGGUAUGAGAAAUUCACGGAGGCUGAUGAUGUCAUACCUGUUAGUGCCAAAUAUGGUCAUGGGGUCCAAGAUGUGAAGGACUGGAUUUUAUCUAAGCUACCAGUGGGGCCUGCUUAUUAUCCAAAGGAUAUUGUUAGUGAACACCCAGAAAGAUUCUUUGUAGCUGAAAUUAUCAGAGAGAAGAUCUUCCUGCAAUAUCGCAGCGAAGUACCCUAUGCCUGUCAGGUCAAUGUAGUAAGCUAUAAAAACAGGCCUACUUCUAAGGACUUCAUACAGGUGGAGAUUGUCGUGGAGAAAAACUCUCAGAAGAUCAUCCUUAUCGGAAAAGAAGGGAGAGCUCUGAAGUCACUUGCUACUGCUGCUCGUCUAGAUAUUGAAGACUUCUUGCAGAAGAAAGUGUAUCUCGAGGUGGAAGUGAAAGUGAAAGAGAACUGGCGGCAAGACGAGGGACUUCUGAAAAACUACGGUUACGGGGGGCAAAUUCGAGCUAUAUAAUCGGAAUAAAUCACUAAACUGCUUCUCCUCACGACAGUAUGACAUUCAUGCAUGGGCAGAUUUGAGCUAUACAUCAGGUGCUUGAGCAAAUGCCCCGAGUGUCUGUGGACCUCAGUAGCUUUCAUGAUUGUUGGGGGCCAGUCUCUGGUUUGUACGUAUUUCCGAAUGGCUUGAUGUCCUUGAUGUUCCUGUGGCUCAAAGUUUUUUGGUAGCCUUUUCCUAGUGCUAGCACAUUAGACUAUUGGUUUAGAAGACUGUUCAGUUCCAGCAAACAGCUGAGCUUUCAUGCUGAAAAAAUUUCACUAUCUCAUUUUGGUAGCAAAUUAUGCUCCCUCGAAUGUCGUUCUCUGAUAACACCAUAUAGAAUCGGGCUGUAAGUUAAUUCUCUUCGAUUGCAUGAUACAAAACUAUUUACGUUAA